AUGCGCCUCUCAGCCACCACCCCCCUCUCCUUCAUCACCGCGCUCCUCUUCCCCCUCGCCCUCUCCGCCCACCUCCGCAUCGCCAUCCCCCCCUCCCCCCUCCUCCCCCAACCCAUCCACGCUCCCGCCCUCCACAACCGCAACGCUCAGCACGCUGUCCGCCGUGCACCGCAGGCCGCUACGCGUCGACAACGCCUUCGAUUUCCGGAACUGGACGUCUCGGGCGCUGGUACGGGUUCGGAUAUCGGGGACAAGGUGCAGGUUUGGGGCACGUUUAGGGGGAAUGAGUGGGCGAAUAAAGGGGAGGAAUAUGCUGUUAGGAAGGUGGAUGGGGUGUGGACUUGGGAGGUUAAGGUCGUGGCCGAGAAGGAGUAUUUUUUCGAGAGGAGUGGUUUCUCUCCUCUAAGCCUGCUUAAGAACCCAAUGAUUCUUAUCGCGGGCGUGAGUAUGAUUAUCGUGUUCGGAAUGCCGUAUCUUAUGGACAACAUGGAUCCCGAAAUGCGUGCGGAAUUUGAAGAGCGCCAGAAGUCGACGUCGAUUACCAGCGGGACAGCUGCGAAUCCGCUGCAGAAUUUUGAUGCGGCGGCCUGGUUGGCUGGGUCGGGGCCGAAGAAGAGCGAUGCGCCGGUUGAGAAGGGGAUUACAAGGUGA